CCGAGUCGGGUGGGAGUCAAGGUGAUCUUGUUUAGAGUCGUCCCUGUCUUUGCUGUGUUUAUUGAAGUCUCUGAUUGUUACCCUGUCUCUAGCAGUGCGGGUUGCAGUAAACUCUGUUGUGUCUCACUACAGGCCCUACUCCACGUCUACCCUCAUGUGAAGAAAGCUGUUGGGGCCUCGGAGAAAGUCUUUGAGUACAUGGAUCGUAGGUCUGUCAUGCCCCCUGUGGGGACCCUCAGGCCAACAAAGCUGAAGGCACACAUCGAGUUCAAGAAUGUGACAUUUGCCUACCCCAGGCAGCCAGAUCUUCCGGUGUUGAAGAAUGUGUCCUUUGAGGUGCGGAGUGGGGAGGUGACGGCCCUGGUGGGGGCCUCGGCCGCGGGGAAGACCACCUGUGUGUCCCUCCUGCAACGUUUCUAUCAGCCCCAGUCGGGACAGAUCCUGCUGGAUGGGAUUCCCAUCGAGGAGUACGAGCACAAGCAUUACCACAGGAAGGUGGCCCUGGUGAGCCAAGAGCCGGUGCUGUUUGCUCGGUCGGUGGAGGAGAACAUCGCCUACGGACUGGAGGAUGUCUCCGCUGAACGUGUGGCCAACGCAGCGAGAGAUGCCUGUGCACACCAGUUCGUCACAGCGCUGAGGGACGGGUACAGCACAGACGCCGGUGAAAAGGGGGGACAACUCUCGGGGGGACAGAAGCAGCGAGUGGCCAUUGCCCGAGCUCUGAUUCGAGACCCUCAGGUCCUCAUUCUGGACGAUGCAACAAGCUGCCUGGACAAUGAGACCGAGCACCUGGUCCACCAGUCGGUGUACAGUCGAGCUGAGGGGCGUGCCGUGCUGGUAAUCGCACACCGGCCGAGUACGAUAGAGAGAGCCGAUCGGAUCGUGGUGCUGGAGGGGGGGAAGGUGGUAGAGGAGGGGACGCCCCAGCAGCUGCAGGAGAAGGGCAGCAGUUACCACCGGCUGCUCCACGUGCACAGCCCGGACGCAGGGACUGAGCAAUCGGAGGAGGGGCUGGUGGAAACGGAGGUGGAGUCGUGAACAGCGGGAUGUCCUGCUGGUAUCUACUCAGGCACAGUCGGGUGAUCUUGAAUGUAAUUUAGACUAUUGUACAUAUGAUGUUGUUUGUGUU